ACCACACAAUAAAAUCAUGCCAAAAAAACGCAAAUUGCUCUUUGAAGUCUUUUAAUUUCACUUUAAUCGUCAUGGCUUUUAGUGCAACAAAUUUGAGCUUGGCAUUGAGCCUUAUGGCUCUAAUUGUUCUUGCAAAAGCAGAUUUUAAUGAGAAAGUAGAGCCAAUUAACAAUAUUUUGGAGAAAAAUUCAGAAAUGUUAACUCAAGAAUUUUGCAUUUUAGGGGCUGUUGGUUCAGUUGUGGCGGAAGCCAUUAUGAGAGAAAGACGAAUGGGAGCUUCUCUCAUUCGUCUCUUCUUCCAUGAUUGCUUUGUCGAUGGAUGUGAUGCGGGUAUUCUUCUAAAUGAUAUUCCUGGAAGAUUCCAAGGAGAAAAAACUUCACCACCAAAUGAUAAUUCAGUUAGAGGUUAUGAAGUAAUUGAUCAAGCUAAACAAAGGAUUAAAACUAUGUGCCCUGGGGCAUUCUUGUUUCUUGUGCUGUUGCUAGAUAUCUUAGCACUAUCUUUGCAAAUGUCUAACCAUAUUUGUUACUAUAUAUUUAAUCAACAGUUGGGAGGAAUUCCAUACCCAGUGAGACUAGGCCGAAGAGACGCAAGAACUGCAAAUUUCACAGGUGCAUUAACCCAACUUCCAGCCCCAUUCGACAAUCUCAGCGUCCAAUUAACAAAAUUCAGCGCAAAGGGAAUGUCAGCUCGGGAAAUGGUCGCGUUAGUCGGCGCCCACACGGUAGGAUUCGCGCGUUGCUUGACAAUGUGCGACGACAGGAACAUUAAUCCAGCCAGGAAAUCGACACUAAAUUGUGGUUGCCCUGUCAGUAACAAUAACACGAACUUAGUACCAUUGGAUUUGACAACUCCUGAUUUUUUCGACAAGUUUUAUUAUGAGGAUUUAAUAAGGAAUCGGGCACUUCUUUUCUCGGACCAAGUGUUGAUGGGAUCUAGUGCUACUGCUGACGUUGUUCGAGCCUAUAAUAAUAAUCCUGCUCUGUUCUUGCGCGAAUUCAAUGCUGCCAUGACUAAAUUGGGAGAUUUACCCCCAUCUCGUGGCGUUCAGUUGGAAAUUCGCGAUGUUUGUAGCAGGGUGAAUGGUAAUUCCAUCGCGGAAAUGUGAAAAAAGAAAAAAAACCUAUAAAAUUUCCAACUUUGUUGUUCCAGAAUAAACAAACGUAUGGCUUCUUGAUAGUCUAGUUUGUUGUUUUAUGUAAGUUGCUUGGCCCUCUAAUAUGUACCCUUUGUUUUUGGUUACACAUGUA